GUAGUGCCCUGUUUUUACUAGAACCAAAACACCGAGUGUGAUAAAGGGCUAAGAUCAUUCUACACCUGGGCUAGCGCAUCUGAAACUCUUAAAGGAAAUACUUUUAUUUUUAUGUUGGGUUUUUUUUGUAAGUUUUAUGUGAAUUGAUUUUCCACUCAGAUGAAUUAAAGGCGAGAUGGAACUGUAGGAGGUGCAAUGCGAACGGACACAAUCGUGUACGGACACUGUGGUUACCAUGACGACAGACAAAGCAAAUAAUGGACAGAAGAAGCAGGUCUGUGAGCAGCAACAGGAAGAUGGAGAGGCUGGAGUGCAAGAGCCUGACCCUAUUGAGCCCCAUCAGGAUGGACCCUCCAGCUCACCUCUGACUCCUGGAGGCUCAGAGGAGGGACAGCAGCCGAAACUACGCCAGCACACCCCAGGUGGCCGCGGCCUCUCGCGCCUGUUCUCCUCUUUCCUGAAGCGCCACUCACAGUGCUCAGAUGAUGAGGGGGCAAAGGUAGAAAGAGGCCAAGAGAAAGAAAGCCACUUGGAUCCCAAAGCUCCCAUCGCAGACCCGGAACCCGAGCUACGCAAUGAAGGAGAUGCAGCACUAGACCUGCACUCCAUUAGCAGUUCUGAGAACCAGGUCAGAGUGGACCAAAAAGACACCACAGAGGGUGAUGAAUUGAAGGUGGAGAAACGGGGAACGAAAGAAAAAAAGCACAAGAAAGAAGAGAUGAAUAAAAACAGAGACAAGAAAAUAGAGAAAGCAAAAAGUGCAGAGAAAAAAGAAAAGAAAGAGAAGAGGAACAAGGACAAGAUAAAGAAUGAAGAAGGAAAGAAAGAGAAGGAGAAUGAAAUUGAAGAAGAUAAAGAUGUAGGGGAGCAGCCCAAGCCUGGGGAAGAGGAGACAGAAGCAGCAGGAGCAGAGAAAAUGGAGGGAGACGGAGAACGCAGGAGAAAGGGGAAGAGUGCUGAGGAAGAAGUAAAGGCCCUUAAAGGUCAGCGUAGACCCAGGAUCUUGUACUGCAGAGUCACACUGCUGGAUGAUACACUGUUUGAGUGUGAACUGGAUAAACACGCUAAAGGCCAGGAGCUGUUUGCGAAAGUAUGUGAGCACCUGAACCUGCUGGAAAAGGACUAUUACGGCCUCGCUGUGUGGGAGACUCCAGCCGUUAAGACAUGGCUUGACUUCACAAAGGAGAUUCGAAGGCAAGUGCCAGGAAUCAACUACGAUUUUACAUUCAAUGUGAAGUUUUACCCGCCUGAUCCAGCCCAGUUAUCUGAAGACAUCACCAGGUACUAUGUGUGUCUCCAGCUGCGCAAAGACAUCAUGAGUGGCCGUUUGCCUUGCUCUUUUGUCACUCUAACCCUGCUGGGCUCUUACGCACUGCAGUCCGAACUGGGCGAGUAUGACCCCGAGGUCCAUGGCACAGACUACGCCAAAGAGCUCAGACUCAUCCCAAGCCAGACAAAGGAACUAGAGGACAAAGUCAUGGAGCUCCAUCGCACAUACAGAUCCAUGAGUCCUGCUCAAGCUGACAUGAUGUUCCUGGAGAACGCUAAAAAGCUUUCGAUGUACGGUGUAGAUCUGCACCAGGCUAAGGAUCUGAAUGGGGUGGACAUCAUGCUGGGUGUCUGCUCCAGUGGUCUCCUGGUUUAUAAAGACAAGCUGAGGAUUAAUCGUUUUCCAUGGCCAAAAGUGCUGAAAGUCUCCUACAAACGUAGCAGCUUCUUCAUCAAGAUACGGCCAUCUGAGCUGGAACAUUAUGAGAGUGCCAUUGGCUUCAAGCUGCCCAAUUACAAAGCUUCUAAGAAGCUUUGGAAAGUGUGUGUAGAACACCACACCUUUUUCAGGUUGACGUCGACUGAAGCUGCCACCACACCCAGAAAGCUCCUGGCUCUGGGCUCCAAGUUCAGGUACAGUGGGCGUACUCAGGCUCAAACACGCCAGGCUAGCUCCAUGAUCAACCGCCCUGCACCCCACUUCAAGCGCUUUGCCAGUAAGACGGCCUCUCACAGCUUAGACGGAGCCAUGGUGCCAACCUUAAAUAAGACAGCACGUCCUGUCAGUGCACCAAUCAUGUCUCCUGUCUCCAUUGGCGAUACAGCUCCUUCUCCCACAGUGACAUCAGCCGUACAGGUGGCGCACAAAGACUUGGUGACGCCCACAAGUCCACCGUCUCCCUCAGGACAGAACAAGGUUGAGGUAAAGGCAGAGAGCUGUGUGACUGGGAGCUUCAAAAUGCAAAGUGUUGCACUUGAGGACACAUCUGAGAUCAAGAUGGUAGUCCGGCGUGAGUGGCGGCACCGUGAUGCCCUGGCAGUGACGACCACUAACGGGGGAAAAACGAGUCAGCCCCCACAAGUGAUGGUGCGAAUGCGCAAGAAAAGAGCUAAGAAAAUCGAGGGUGAAACGCUCUAUACCAGACAUAGCAAUUUAAUGUUGGAGGAUCUGGAUAAGACUCAAUCAGGGAUUAUGCGUCACCACAGCAGUAUCAGCGAGCUCAAGCGCAGCUUCAUGGCAUCCGUCCCAGAGCCGCGGCCCAGCGAGUGGGACAAGCGCCUGUCCACACACUCGCCUUUCCGCACAGCCAACAUCAAUGGCCAGAUGCAGCCUGAUGUGACUCCUGUAGUGAAGACUCACACAAUCACCGUUUCUGAUGUGACCAACUCCCCGAGCAGUGAAACUGCCACCAAGGAGGGUCCGAUAGUGCAUACUGAGACUAAGACCAUUACAUAUGCAUCUGCUCAACCUGAUGAGAACGUAGGGAUGCUGCUCAAUGCACAAACCAUAACCUCAGACACUUUGAGCACCACAACCACGACGCAGAUCACAAAGAGGGUGAAAGGAGGAAUCUCAGAAACCCGAAUCGAAAAGAGGAUUGUGAUCACUGGCGACUCUGAAAUUGACCACGAUAAGGCUUUGGCUCAGGCAAUAAAGGAAGCAAAGGAACAGCACCCAGACAUGUCUGUUACUAAAGUAGUAGUGCAUCAGGAAACCGAGAUCACCCCAGAGUAAAAUCUACCCCCUAAAACACAUACAGAAAUCCAUCCCUGAUUCACAUACUCACCAGACUGCAUGCCGAAGCUCCAGACUGCUUCUGCGGCCUCUCCCUCUGUCAGGAUGGCAGGAUGAACACUACUGAUCACACGUUUCCUGGAUGUUCCAGUAGAUUCAUCACCUAUAGCAUAAUUUUUCUGUAGCACCUCUCUCUCUCUCUCUCUCUCUCUCUCUCUCUCUCUCUCUCUCUCUCUCUCUCUCUCUCUCUCUCUCUCUCUCGAUGUCCAUAUUGUAACUGUUAUUGUUCAUGUCAGAUUGUUCUAGCAAAGCAAAGAAAGACAUGACUUGUAAUGAAAUUUUAAAUGUAGAUUUUAGUGGGUUUGAUAAACAGUAGGUUUUUAAGACUUUUUUUAAACUUUUAAAAAAACAAUUAUACUGUGGAGUUUUGGGUUCUUCACACGGGACAAAGGAGCAACAGCAUCGGAAAUAUAUUUUGUUUCUUUGUCUUCUUUUAAAGAAUAUUAAUUAUUGUGAACAAGUUCAUCGCCUUCUUCUUCCUCUUAAUAACUAUUAGCAUUAUGAUGUCUUCUCUUUUAGAUUUUUCUUCACUUGAAUUCUUUUGUCGCAAAUGGAGUUGUUGUUUAUUAUUAUACGAAGGGCUGAAGGGUGCAGACAAACGGUGAAUCUGUAUUCUAGUUUUCGGUGUAUUUUCAGUUGUUAAGUUGUGUGUGAACUCACCAUUUUAGAUUGCCUGCUCUUUUACAUGCAGGUUUUAUGUAGUCUAGGUUGUAUUUUAUCCCUCCUGACCAGCAAGUGCAGUGAACAUCACCUGGUUAGAUUCUUGUGCAUGUGCACAGACACACUGAGACCUUCCAACAGUGAGGUAUGAUGUAGUGUUUGCUAUAAUUAUCAUCAUCGUACAGUCAUCUUUCAAUAUCUUCAUGUCUUGUCGACUUUGGACCACAACGUCUAUAGAGCUAUCUGAUUAACAGCUUGUGACUAUGUUCAGCGAUACAGGUCCCUUAGACCUGCGUGUAGACGCUGCAUGAACACAGAGUGCGGAAGCAAUUAUGAAUUUCUAGUGAGCUCAUAUGAUAUUGCUUUAUGUGUGGAAAAUAUGGGCAAUUUGUUUGCUAUUUUAUUUCUUGUACUGGAGAAAGCACUUCAAUUUACAGAUGUUUUGUCCCUCUGUUUGAGAGCUGGUUGAUGCCCCGCUCAUAACAGUGGGGCAUCUGGGCUCGGAGUUCAGGUGGCUCUCCAGUAAUUUGGUUCAUGUACAAACACAGGUAUCGUUGACACAGUGCAUGUUGUUGGCCUUGUACAAAGCAACCCCGCAAAAUCUAAACCCCUAAACAGUUCCCCACACCACUAAAGAGUCACACAGAUUCUGCCCAUUAAGGGCAGGGGCUGUUGAUGGGAUGCUUUACAGCUGAAAGUAUUGCCACUGCAGCAACUGCAUUAGAUCAGUGGUCCUGAUGGCCUUUUUGCAGGAGAAGAAUCUCCAGUUUCACUGUAGUCCGUAGACUUUGUCAGGUCUCAUGGCCCUGACAGUGUCAGACCGCAACAGACCCCUCUAACCCAAGAUGUUCAUUCCCUUUUGGACAGAGGAGCAAUCACAAAAGUAGACCCUAUUGUCCAGGGCAAGUGGGUCUACUCAGUGCUCUGUCUUAUUCAGAAUAAAGACAGUGGUUUUGUCCACUUCUUGAUUUGACAGGGCUUUCAAAUGUUAUUCAUGAUGUACAUCCACAGGACAUCUUUUCACAUUCCCAUGGCCAACAGAACUUAAGCAACAAAAGGUGCAUUUGAGGUUUGCCUUCCAAGGACAGGCACUCCAGUUCAGAGUUAUCAUUCAGAACGUGGAAGAAGAUUCCAGGGAAUGAUGGCUGUAUUAUAACAGUCUUUGUGUCUCUGUUGGGAAGUCUCAGCAUUGUUGCACUAGGGCUUGCAUGACUACUAAUUUUUACUAAUCAACCAGUAACUAAAAAAAAGGAUUUGAGUGCUAGACUGUUUUUUCCAUAGUUUAAGCAAAAAACUGCCAAAAGUGGCCAAAAGUAUGUGGACACCUGACCGCCACACCCAUGUGUUUCCUCUCCAAACGGUUACCAUAAAGUCUGAAGCACACAAUUGUAUAGACUGUGUCUGUACGCUGUAGCAUUAUAGUUUCCCUUCACAGGACCUAAGAUUCCCAAACCUGUUCCAGCAUGACACAAAGUGUACAAAGCGAGCUCCAUGAAGACAUGGUGUGUUAAGGUUGGAAGAAGUUAGAAGAACUCGAGUGUCCUGCACAGAGUCCUGACCUCAACCACACUGAACCCCAUUGGGAUGAACUGGAACUGGAGCCUCCUCGACAUCCCAACAUCAGCGCCUGACCUCAACCUCACUAAUGCUCCUGUAGCUGAAUGAACACAAAUCCCCACAGUAACGCCCCAAAAUCUAGAGGAAAGUCUUCCCAGAAGAAAGUGUGGAGCUUAUUAUAAUAAUCACAUAUGGGUGUGAUGGUCAGGGGUGCACAUACUUCUGGCCAAAUAGUGUAUUUUUACUUGUGCAUUAAAGAAUGUGUCAAAUUGUAUUUCAA